AUGACGACAGCAGUUUUUAUCUAUCUAUCUAUCUAUCAAUCUAUCUAUCUCAAUCUGUCACUAUCAAGAAGUUUAUUUAUAAGUUUUUCAAAUCUAUCUCGCUGGCCAUGUUUUUUACAUUAUCUAUCUAUCUAUCUAUCUAUCUAUCUAUCUAUCUAUCUAUCUAUCUAUCUAUCUAAGUCUCUUCACAUUUAUUUGGGUGUUUUUAAAGAUUAUCUAUCUAUCUAUCUAUCUAUCUAUCUAUCUAUCUAUCUAUCUAUCUAUCUAUCUAUCUAUCUAAGUCUUUUCACAUUUAUUUGGGUGGUUAUAAAGAUUAUCUAUCUAUCUAUCUAUCUAUCUAUCUAUCUAUCUAUCUAUCUAAGUCUCUUCACAUUUAUUUGGGUGUUUUUAAAGAUUAUCUAUCUAUCUAUCUAUCUAUCUAUCUAUCUAUCUAAGUCUUUUCACAUUUAUUUGGGUGGUUAUAAAGAUUAUCUAUCUAUCUAUCUAUCUAUCUAUCUAUCUAUCUAUCUAUCUAAGUCUUUUCACAUUUAUUUGGGUGGUUAUAAAGAUUAUCUAUCUAUCUAUCUAUCUAUCUAUCUAUCUAUCUAUCUAUCUAUCUAUCUAAGUCUCUUCACAUUUAUUUGGGUGUUUUUAAAGAUUAUCUAUCUAUCUAUCUAUCUAUCUAUCUAUCUAUCUAUCUAUCUAAGUCUUUUCACAUUUAUUUGGGUGGUUAUAAAGAUUAUCUAUCUAUCUAUCUAUCUAUCUAUCUAUCUAUCUAUCUAUCUAAGUCUCUUCACAUUUAUUUGGGUGGUUUUAAAGAUUAUCUAUCUAUCUAUCUAUCUAUCUUAUCCUUUGCAUAUCUAUUUUCGCCAAGAAUUUUCUCUCGUCUCUCUCUUCCGUCUCUCUUUUCCGUCUGCCUCAUCCGUCUUUCCUGUAGCCCCGCAACGCGUAACGAUCGACGCGGAUGCCCACGCACGUGACGGCACACAGGCGACAACGACGACGUGUCGACCGAUCGCAGCCUCUCCCGUCUCUCUCUUCCGCCCGCCUCUUUUUCAGCACAACCACGCCCUGCUGGGCAUCUUUCUUUCUUUCGUUGGUACUGUUUCAUUUCUUUCUUUGUUUCUUUGUUUUCUUUGUUUCUUUUAUUUCUUUGUUUCUUUUCUUUGUUUCUUUUCUUGCUUCAUUUCAUUCCAUGAAAUCGUUUUCGUUCUUUCUUUGAAAUCGUUUUCAUUCUUUCUCUUUUUCUGUUAA